CUCAGCUCUGCGCACCUCGGGCCGCGGCGGCGGUGGCGGCGCGGCGAGGCCGGAGAGAUGUUACAUCAGCAGCUAGCAGUUGUCUUUGGAAUCUCACUAGCUGGUUGCCUGUGUGCACGUAGAAGCUGCCAUUCUGAAGCCCAGGUGUCCCUAUACCGCUUCUGCAACCUCACAGAUGUUCCACUUGUGCCGAAGGAUACGGUGAAGCUUUUGCUGUCUUUCAACUACAUCCAGCAAGUGUCUGCCACUUCGUUUCCCCUGCUGGAGCACUUGUUGCUGUUGGAAAUUGGAAAUCAGGAAGUCUACCCUGUUACCAUAGGAAAAGAAGCUUUCAGGAACUUGCCAAACCUUCGUGUCCUAGACUUGGGAUUCAAUAAGAUCCUUCAACUGGAUCUUGAUGCCUUUGUGGGCUUGUCAAGCUUGUCUGAACUUUAUCUGUUUCAUAACCAACUUGGAGAUUCUAUCCUGGAGGAACGUUACUGUCAAGAUUUGAGCUCAUUAGAAGAAUUGGAUCUUGAAGCAAAUGGAAUCACAAAACUUCAUCCUCAUCCCUUGUUUUAUAAUCUAACAGCCUUGAAAACUGUGAACCUGAAAUCCAACAACGUAGCCAACCUGUGUCAAAGCAAUCUUACCAGCUUCCAGGGAAAAGACUUUCUGUAUUUUAGCCUCAGUAAUAAUCAUUUGUACAAGACAGAUGAAAUGACCUGGGCCAAAUGCACAAAUCCUUUCAGAAACAUCACCUUUAACUCACUAGACCUUACAGGAAAUGGCUUGAACACAGAGAAAGCCCUUUUUUUCUUUAAAGCCAUCGAAGGGACUCAAAUUAGGGCUUUAACAUUUAGGUCCCACACAAUGGGUUCAGGAUUUGGCUUCGAUAACUUCAGAAAUCCAGACAGUGACACCUUUGCAGGGCUAGCAAGAAGCGGUCUUCGUUUGCUUGAUAUUUCACACGGUUACAUUUUCUCUCUCAACUCCUUAACACUUCAAAGCCUUGGUAAUCUGGAAUUGCUGAACCUUUUCAAAAACAAGAUAAACCAAAUCAAAAGGCAAGCAUUUUUUGGCCUGGGGAACCUGAAAACACUCAAUCUCUCGAGUAAUCUUCUAGGCGAGUUGUACGAUUAUACUUUUGACGGUCUGCAGAGCGUAACGUGUAUUGAUUUACAGCAAAACCAUAUUGGGAUGAUUGCUGGAAAUGCAUUCAGGAAUUUGGUAAGUCUGAAGGUCAUUUACCUCCAAGACAAUGCUAUUAAAACACUCCCUUCCUUUCCACAUCUGACCUCUGUCUUUUUGGGCGACAAUAAGCUAACGUCUGUAAGUGACACAGCAAUACCAGCAACACAAGUUCUUGACUUAGAAAGAAAUUGGUUGGCAAACCUGGGUGAACUCUAUAUUCUUUUGCAAGUUCCAAGUGUGCAGUUCAUCUUCUUAAAACAGAAUCGUUUCUCUUACUGUGUGAGAAGUGGUAAAGCUGUAGGAGACAACGAGCUAAUAUACAUGGAUCUUGGCGAAAAUAUGUUACAGCUCGUGUGGGAGAGAGGCUCCUGUUUGGAUGUGUUCAGGGCACUGUCCAAACUUCAGGUUCUACAUCUGAAUAACAACUACCUUAGUGCUCUCCCACAGGAGAUUUUUAGGGGUCUGUCAUCUCUAGUAAGACUUAAUCUAGCUUCCAACCUAUUGUCUCAUCUUUCUCCUGGGCUUUUUCCACAAAGCCUAACAAACCUGAACUUAUCUGGAAACCAUCUUUUCUCCCCCGAGCCUGAAGUCUUUAUGACUUUGAGCAUCCUGGAUAUAACACAUAAUUAUUAUGUCUGUAGCUGUGCAUUAAAGAGCCUCCUAGUGUGGCUAAAUGAAACCAAUGUAACCCUUGCUGGCUCACAGUCUGAGCGGUACUGCGUGUACCCACCUGAAUUUGCAGGGGUGCUGCUGUCGUCUCUGACGUACGAUGGCUGCGAUGAAGAUGAACUCCAGCAGACCCUCAGGUUCUCAGUAUUUGUCUUCACCUCUGUCAUUCUUACAACGUUCCUGAUGGCAGUCAUCAUUUUUACUCGGUGUCGAGGGAUUUGUUUCAUCUGGUAUAAAACUGUCACCCAAAACCUGAUUGACAGCCAGCCACAAGCAGCAGAUAAAAGCGAAUACAAAUACGAUGCCUAUUUGUGCUUCAGCAAAAACGACUUUGAAUGGGUCCAGAAUGCUUUGAUAAAGCACCUGGAUGCACAGUACUUCGACAAAAACAGAUUUACUUUGUGCUUUGAGGAAAGAGACUUCUUGCCUGGGGAAGAACAUAUCAACAAUAUUCGUGAUGCCAUUUGGAACAGCAGGAAAACGAUUUGCAUUGUGACCAGGCAGUUCCUCAAGGACGGGUGGUGUGUGGAAGCCUUUAAUUUUGCCCAGAGCAGGUACUUUUGUGAUCUGAAAGAUGUCCUCAUUAUGGUGGUAGCUGGGUCACUUUCUCAAUAUCAGCUGAUGAAACACAAACCCAUUCGGAGCUUUUUACAAAGGAGUCACUAUUUGCAGUGGCCUGAAGAUUAUCAAGAUAUAGAGUGGUUUUUGAAUAACCUUUCUUACCAAAUCCUGAAGGAAGAAAAAGUGAAAAAGAAGGCCAGGGGUAUAGAGCUGCAGACUGUAGCAACACUCUCACACUGACAGUGUGGCUUUCUGAAUAUUCCCUUGCCAGCUGUACCAUGGCAGGAAUAAACAGCAGUUGGCUUCAUCUUU